GUGGACCUCUACUGUAAUAUAGCUCAGGUAGCAAGGAUUGAAAACGUCUGACAAAAAUAUUUUGGUACAAAAAAUGUAGUUUUCCCGGAAGUGAGAGUGAUUUUUCCUUUUGCAGAGGAAAUAAUGGUGGUGUUUGAGGUGCGAAUGUUUUCCUGCUGCAGCACCCACGCAAAAAUCCGGGACGAGUGUCCCUGAAAAUUGUUGUUUUAGAAGCCCCCGCAAUGAUUUGGUACAAUAAACUCCUGGCCAAGAAGCCCCAUCUCAUUCUUGUGGCUGUGGCUGUCUUCUGUGUGGCAUGUAUAGUCGUUGCACUCACAACAAGGCGCUUCCCGGACUUCUCAGACCCCACACUGGGAUUCGAGGCACGAGGUACAACGAUAAGCCAACGAUUGACAGCUUGGAGGAAUCUCCUCGACGAAACACGUCCCUCUGGGCGCUUAGUGGCAAAUCCUCUUGAUGAUUUUCAAUCCGUAGAAAUCCCAGGAUCUCGCAGGAGGAAGAUUAAAGGCCCCCGGGAGCAGAAGAAGCGCAAAAAGAAGAAAAUUCCCCUCCCAGAGAAGAUAAAAAUCAUUAAGAAUCUCCCUGCAAAUGGAACAUACGACCUGCCGGAGGAUUACGAUUCCCCGGAUAAUUUGACCCUGAACUCCAGGCAUGAGCACUGGGACUAUGGCAGGAAUAUCUCCUACGUGAGCGAUGAGUCCACAAAGAAGCGGAAUAAACUGAAGAAGGACAAUUGGAUAAAGUUGACCAAGAUGUACCCACCACCGCUCACAACGGACGUCCACACCACGUCCGAUGGGUUCUUCUGCGAAUCUCCCAACAAGGAAUACUCACACUUUGUUAUGCGCCGCAUCAAUCAUCAGCUCAAUGAGUCCUUGCUGGAGCGCAAUGCCCUCCUGGCCAUGUGUGACCUCGAGCAAAGAAUUGUCGGCACGAACUUCUACAAUGAUCUCUGUCAGCGUGAACUCACGUCCCAGCACUGCUGCCGCCCCUGGUCCAUCCCCAACUACGUCGCUCUGCUGACCAACCGCUCCACGUGCUUUGACAUUGAGGACGAAGACGUGGCCAUUGUGCGGGAACUUCUUCUGCAAUGCUUCCCGUACUAUCACAGCCUUAAGCUAAGCAACGACUGCGUCCACCUCAAGUGCAACGUUCCUGCGGAAUGUACGCAGUUCAAUGCAGUUUACAACAUCCUCCACUAUCUUGCUGAUGUUGAUUUUCUCACCAUUAAUGACUCAAAUGUUUUCCUGACAACCGCCAUGGUCUUCAUUCCCAUUGCACGGAGCACAAAGUCUCUGCCAUUUUUUCAUCAUUUAAUGGCGGAACCGUUGCGGAAUGAACUAAUUGAUGUGCCAGCAAUGGAUAUGGGCCUGAAGAAUGCCCUCUUCGAUGAAUGCCUCCUGUCAGAUGGCUGGCUCAUUGGGCUCGGGGGCAUUUUCAUUGUGGUCUGCAUGUGGAUGUACACGACGUCGCUCUUCGUCACAACCAUGACAAUUGUUGCCAUCGCCUUCUCCCUCGGCGUGUCCUACUUCAUCUACACACUCAUCUUUGAGCUGUCCUUCUUCCCAUUCAUGAAUCUUCUUGCUGUCGUGGUUAUCGUGGGAAUCGGCGCCGAUGAUGCUUUCAUAUUUAUAAAAGUAUGGCGAUGCUGUAUUGUGGAGAGGAUGAAAUCAAGUGGAUAUAAUUUCAAUUCGACAUCAUCCUUUUCCUCGAAUUUCUCCCAUUCGGACACACUGACGGACCUGAUGGGGAUGACUCUCAAACAUGCAGCACUGUCGAUGCUUGUAACAUCAAUAACGACUUCGGCUGCCUUUUACGCUUCCUUUGUCAGCUCAAUCACUGCAGUACGAUGUUUUGGCAUUUUUGCCGGAACGGCUGUUCUUGUAAAUUAUAUCCUGAUGGUAACGUGGCUUCCGGCUGCUGUUUCAAUUGCCGAAAGACUGAGUUGUUUCCCUUCCCCGUGUGGACUGUGCAAGACUCUCUGCACCUACGUGCAAAAUUUAAUGAAAAGACUUCGCCUAGCCGCUGAGAAGAUUGAAGAUUUUAUAAUUCUCCUUGUUCUACGAUACUCAAGUAUUUGGAUUGUUCUCUUGGGCCUAAUUGGCAUUGGAAGUGGCGUGAUUGUGCUGUACUGGCCAAAGCUGCGACUUCCGGAUUCGCCUGAUUUUAAACUCUUCGUCAGUAGUCAUCCGUUUGAGGUGUACGACAGUCAUUUCAAGGAGAUGUUCUGGUUUGAGAAGAUCUACACGUCAAGUGAGAGCUUUAAGCUUCCUCUGAGAUUUGUCUGGGGUGUGGAGCCUGUGGAUAAGGGGGAUUAUCUCAAUCCUGCUGCCCGUGGGCCACUCUAUCUCAAUCCUACGUUCAAUGUUUCCCUCCCGGAGUCCCAGACGUGGCUUUUGGAUUUCUGCCGGAAGCUGAGGAAUCAGACUUUCUAUCAGAACAGCACAGGGCUCUUGGUACCAAAUUGCUUCAUUGAGAACUUCUACACGUUCAUGAUGAGACGAUGUCUGGAUGCAAUGGCUGAGAUUGAUCGGACUCCUUGCUGUGAGAAUACAACGCGUCCCUAUGAUGCCUAUAUUUUCGACCAGUGCCUCCCUCAAUCAAUCUCCUCCCUCUAUGAGACUCCCCGGGAGUUUUUCAUUCCGGGCGUUGCUGGCCCGAAGUUUGCCCGCAAAGAUAAGGCAUCGAAUGUUUCUUUGGUUCGUGCUCUAGUUGUAGAAUUUGAUUCAACGCAACCCUUUACAAUGUCCUACUCAGAGAUUAGUCGCUUUGUUCGGGAUGUUGAGGAUUGGCUCAAGGGUGAAUUGGAAGCAGCCCCACCAGGAAUGCGGGAUGGAUGGUUCAUCAGUGAAUUGGAUUUCUACGAUCUGCAGGAUACGCUGUCGCAGGGAACACUCCUGGCUAUUUUCAUGGCCAUGGGAGUUGCUCUGUUGGUGCUCCUCCUGGUCACGCUGAACAUCCUCAUCAGCUUCUACGCCAUCGUCACCGUGACUCUGACGAUCUUUACAACAGUGGCUACGCUGGUGCUUCUGGGAUGGAAGCUGAAUGUCCUCGAGAGUGUAGCAGUAACCACGGCAAUUGGCCUAGCGGUGGAUUUUAGCCUUCACUACGGUGUCCACUAUCGCCUCUGCCCAGAUCCCGAUCGUGAGUCUUCCGUGAGAUUCGCCCUGAUGCGAAUGAUCGGCCCCACAUCGAUGGCAGCUGUAACCACUGGAAUUGCCGGGGCACUAAUGCUACCAUCGCACCUACUGGCCUACAUCCAAAUUGGGAUCUUCCUUCUGGUGGUCAUGACAAUAAGUUGGUUCUAUGCAACAUUCUUCCUGACGUCACUCCUUCGCGUUGUUGGGCCUCAGUAUGGGUUUGGGCAGUUCCGGUAUCCUUCACUGAGAAUCAGGGAUACAGCAAAGUCCGGGAAAAAUGGGCAGAAUCACGAGGGAACUGGCAGUAGAGAUGCCGGGCAGAGAGCAGUGUCGGAGCAACUUCUGUCCGCUUCGAGUUCAGCUGCGGGUGAUUUUGCGGGGUCGGAGUCCCACGAACUUGACUCUCUAACGUCGAAUUCCAUCAUUAAGCCCCCAACAACACUCGAAUACUCCCGUCCCAUCAACUUCGACAGGGCCUUCAAGAAAAAGUUCUCCUACCCACGCGAACAGAGUCCCUCCACGGCCAGUGCAAUCACGGUCGUCCUGCCUGAUGACAUUGCUCAGGAUGCUAAGCAAUUCUGAGAGUCUCUUCGGCGCCAGGUAAGGAAUUGUGUAAUUACUUCUUCGGCACACGGUCUCCAGCAGCGAUGACUCUGAGAUUUCAAUUAAGCUUCUUGGGCUUUUAGGGCAUUUCGGCAGAAUGAGUGGGGAAUCAAAGAAAAUGAGACGAGUUGUGUACACUGCGUGGCAGAAAUAUGGGGACAGAGUGCUGGGAAAAAAUACUUAAGAGUGUUUUUAAAGUUCUCAAGGAAAAUCUAUGGACAAUUAUAUUCAUAAAAGAGCUCCUAAAUUAAUUUCUCUUUAAUUUUAAUCAGAUUAUUCACUUGAAGAAUUUUUUUAAUUAUUUUAAUUUUGCUAAAGAGAUUAAAUUGACAAGGAAAAUUUAAUUUUAACGUUAUAAAAUUAAUUAAUUUUAACAGUUCCUAUCAAUUUGAAGGUUACUUCUGGUAAAAAUUUACUUAAACAGUAUUUUUUAAAGUAAGGAUCAAUGCAGGCUUAAUGAAAAGGACGUUAUGCACCAUAUACUUGAAGAAUAGAAGUUUUCAAAAUUUAAUAAAAUUCAGGGACGGUCAAAUAAUUUUGGAAAAUCGGGAAGCAAUUUUCAAGCUAAUUUUGGUACAAAAAAAUAAAAAUUUGCUUGAUUUUCUCAGUCGAGUGUGAAGCUUUAAAUGAAUUCAGUCUCAUUUUGGAAAUUUUUGAUUAAAAAUCGUAUUUUUUCUUCAAAUUACUUUGAAAAAUAUUUAAAAUUUGUAACCGAUUUUGAGACUUCAUAAUGUGCAUAAUAUUUUUCAUUUCCACCUCUUUAUUGCUUUACUAAUUUGAUAAAAAUUAAUUUGCCAAGAUCAAUAAAGAGUACGAGAAUUUUUUAAAAUAUUCUGAUAGUUAUUGUUCAAAAGACAUUUCGGAGAUAAUUCUGUCCUUCUUCAGGUCUAUGGAAAAAAAAAUUAAAACUAUUUUCACAAAAAAAACAUUCAUCGUGUCCUCAUAAAUCUGCCAUGUUGUGUAUUAGAAGGCACUGACUGCUGUUUAGGAGAAAAAGCCAUUAUCUUCCUUCCCACACUUUUAUCUAUAGAGGCCUCAACUUUGAUCUCUUUGUGGUACUUAAUGUGUUCUUAUAAGAAAAGAAUGUGUGUAUAUGGUGGAAGCUGGUGAAGGAGAAAAUCCUCAAGAGGAAAGUAAUUGUAUAAAUUAUAAGAGUAUCUUGCAAAACUUUUUCUCAUAUAACUUUCAUGAUGAGUUAUGUCAAAGAAAUAAAAACAAUAUAUACUUAUAUAUUUGUCUUAUCACGAGAAUUUUUCUAUCAUGUGUCUCACAUGGAUGUACGUGAGAAAAAGGUUUUUUCUUAUUAAGAGAAAAAAAAAAGAAAACUGCAUUUUAAUGAUCUGCCAAAAUGAGAAAUGUAUGUUAGUGCGAAAUAUUUACCUUUUAAAUGAGACAAAAAAAAACUCAAUCUGCGUAGUUUUUAUUGAGAAAGGGGAGAAGAAGAUAAAAAAAAAACUUAAUAAUAAAAUGAAGAAAAAAAAAUAAUUGACUGAUUUUAUAGACAAAUGAAAGAGUUUCAUGUAGAAAAUAUUUCUCUUUGCAAUUUUGCAUUUAAAAUAGAGUCAGGAAGAACUUUAAAGAAAAAAUACUUAUAGAAGAGUAAUGUGUAUGUAAUGUGGCAUAAAAAAUGGAGCAUAAAAGAUGUUGAACUUGCGUGUUUAUCUGUUGUUCUUUGUAAUAGAAUUUGUAUAUUACAGGGAAAAGCUAUUUAAUUUAGCAAUGAUGAAGAAAAUUCCUCUAUCUCGCGUUUUCUGGAUGUUUUCUUUCAUUAACUCCGCACAGUAUUUCACUUUUUAAUGAGCCACAGACGAAGAAGAAUGGAGCCGGGAGAGAUGUUAAUUGUGAUAAAGUUAAGUAAAGAGGAAAAUUAUGUUGGACACGGCAUAAAUGCAUUGUGUGUGGUGUGUGCAUUUGGUGAGGGGGGCGCAUGAGAUGAAGAAACUCAUCAAUUAGUUUGCAAAAGGGAUCUGUGAGUCAACAGGGUGGAUAAAAAAUCAAUAUUUGUUCCCUCAUUGAAUUCCUCUAUGCGGGGAUGACUUUUAUCCCGCUAGCACCCCGAAGAGUGUUUGCAUCUUUGAGUGGGUGCUCCCAUAGAGAUGAGUCCCUUACCCCCAUCUGUGUGAGGGUGGGUAUAGCGCAAAUAAUAAAUGAGAGGAAAUGGGAAAUUGCACAACUUUUGAUGAAGCAAAAGUGGGAGAGAAGCUUUUAAUUUCGAAAGGAAUUUUCCAUCGUGGAACGAUCAAAAUCUUUUUCAUUUUUUUUUCUUGCGCCACACGCACAUUUAAAUUCGCAGCCCUCAAUAAUUUAGCAAUUUUAAUAUUUGAACUUCAAGAUGGUCCUCCACCUCUGCCCCAUAACAUCCUAUAUUUAUGCAGACGAUCAGAGAAUAAAAUGAAAGGACCAUACUGUAUUUUACAUACAAUUAGACGCUUUUCUUUUAUAUACAUAAUUUUGAGGAAUCAAAAGAUUCAGAAGGAGUUCAUUCAUCAAAAUAUGGGACAUAAUUUUAUUCAAGGAAAUAAUCGAAGUUUAUGUAAUCAUGUAAGAGAUCGAAAAGAAUUUGGAAACUACCAAACACGUCAUUUUGCAUUGAAAUCAGCUGCAAAAGACGACAAUAAUUUGCAGAAAAUUCAAACAAUGACGUCACUGUUCUAUUUCCAUGAAACAUUCGCCCUGAUGUUUCCUCAUAAAGUUUUAACAGUAAAAUCAGUUUUUUAAAACGCUCCUGAAACUAUUUAAAAAAUAUUUUUACACUUGUUAUGAAAAUAUUUUCAAAAAUGCUUAAAGGGUAGUUUGUCUAAACUCAUCAAUGAAACAUUAGAGUAAUUGUUUCAUGGAUUAUAAGAUACAAAAAAAAGUGAUGGCGUCAUUCUUUGCUUUUUGGGCAAAUUACCGAUUAUUUGAUUCCAGUGAAACGUUGAUAAAAUCAUUUUGGCUUUUCUUGUUCCUGUCUGAUCCUUUACUACAAAGACUUCGAGUUUCUUUGAAUGCUUUGAAUUAUGUUCUAGAAUGAAAUCAUCGCAUGAACAAUGAAUGAGCUCCUUUUCAUUUUUUUUUGUAAAAAAUUUGCUUUUUUUAUAUUCUUGUUCUUAAAGAAACAUUUCUUUCUUUGCUUUAUAGUAUGUAAAAUACAGUAUGUAUUAUGCUCCUUACCUUUUUGCAAUUUUUAUUAACAACCUGUGUGAAUGUCUUUUCAUUUUAGGAAAAUAAAAAAGAAUCUCCCAAAUUUUGGAGGAAUUUUCCGCCCUUAUUUCCAAUUUAAUAUGAAUAUAAAAUAUUUUAAUUUGUACAUGCAAAUUGAUGUUGUAAAAUGAUGACAUUCCAUUAAAAGCUUUUCAUUUUGUGAUUUGCAAAUUUAUUAAACAAAAGGGACUCUCAUCGCUACUGGUAUUGCAGCGCGGUGUUGUGUUUAUUACUCCAGCAGAAAACCAAUAUUGUGUGCACUCCGCGUGUUCUGGCUCUUUCAUCAAAUAUAGAGAAAGGACGUGUAUGUGGAACAAAAUUGAAAAAUCUGUACAGAAAAUGUGCUCAAUGCUCCUUUCCGUGCAAUUUCUCACUCCACCUCUCCCUUUUGAAUUUUUCAAUUCAAUUCCCUCUUUCACGAGAGAGAGAGAAAUGUUUCGCCGCUAUUGUUGUGAUGCGAGGUGAAAAUUGUUUUGGAUAAUAAAAGAGAAAUAUAUACAUUAAAAAAUAUAUAUAUUUAUUGGGUGGAAAAAUAAUGUUUGUAUGCGGAGGAAGGAGAGAGAUAGGAAUGUCAUGGAGGUAGAGAAGUAAUAAAUAAAGAGUAAAAUGAGAAAUAAAAAUGCCAACAAAA